GCCAUGCGCUAGCUAGCUAUUUUCUGCCAGUUUGUGUAGUUCUCCUGUCGGUGUGUGUGUGUGUGUUGGAUGAGGUGUGGAGGAAAGAGGAGAUGUGGUCCUUUUUUGCCAGGGAUCCUGUCAAAGACUUUGCUUAUGAAAUUCUACCAGACACCCAAGAAAAGUCUGGAAUAUGGACUCUACAUCGGGGGAAGCGAAAGACCAAUGGAGAGCCAGUGUCGGUGUUUGUGUACGAGGUAGCACAAGGAACAGAGCAGCAAACCCAGCUAGCCAAGGCUGCCUUCAAGCGUAUGAAGACCCUGCGUCAUCCUAACAUCCUGGCUUAUGUGGAUGGACUGGAGACAGAGAAAAGCCUGUACCUGGUUACUGAGCAGGUUACACCCCUGGCAGUCCACCUGAAGGCCAAGGCAGAGAAAGGUGGAGCUGGGGACCUGGAGGUCUCCUGGGGACUGCACCAGAUUGUGAAAGCCCUCAGUUUCCUAGUGAACGACUGCCACCUCCUCCAUAACAACUUGGGUGUAUGGUCUGUUUUUGUGGAUCGAGCUGGGGAGUGGAAGCUCGGGGCCCUUGACCAUGUGGCCCCCGAGCAGGGUGAUCCAAGUGGUGUGUCACUCCCUGCCCCCAAAGCUGUCUACCCAGACAUGGAGAAAUAUGACCCGCCAGAGCUGCCCAAUAGCAAUGCAGAGAAAUGGGCGGGGGAGGUGUGGCGGCUAGGCUGCCUGAUUUGGGAGGUGUUCAAUGGGCCUCUACCUCGCACGUCCUCCCUUCGUUCACUGGGAAAGAUCCCCAAGGCCCUCGUCCCUCAUUACUGUGAGCUGGUGGGGGCUAAUCCCCGAGCUCGGCCCAACCCAGCUCGCUUUCUCCAGAACUGUAGAACCCCCGGAGGGUUCUUCAGCAACAGCUUUGUGGAGAGCAACCUUUUCCUGGAAGAGAUACAGAUCAAGGAGGCGGCGGAGAAGCAGCAGUUCUUCCAGGAUCUCAGUGACAAUCUGGACUCCUUCCCUGAAGACUUCUGUAAACACAAGGUCCUGCCUCAGCUGCUCACCGCCUUUGAGUUUGGCAACGCAGGCGCCGUAGUCCUCACGCCGCUUUUCAAGGUGGGGAAGUUCCUGUCAGCAGAAGAGUACCAACAGAAGAUCAUCCCUGUUAUCGUGAAGAUGUUUUCCUCCACAGACAGAGCCAUGAGGAUACGGCUGCUGCAGCAGAUGGAGCAGUUCAUUCAGUAUCUGAAUGAGGCAGCAGUCAAUUCCCAGAUUUUCCCUCACGUUGUCCACGGCUUCACAGACACCAACCCUGCCAUCAGAGAACAGACUGUUAAGUCUAUGUUACUGCUGGCUCCCAAGCUGAAUGAGACCAACCUGAACCAAGAACUGAUGCGUCACUUUGCCCGUCUGCAGGCCAGAGACGAACAAGGCCCAAUCCGAUGCAACACCACUGUCUGUCUGGGAAAGAUCGCCUCCUACCUCAAUGCUGGGACUCGACAACGUGUUUUGAUUUCUGCGUUCUCACGAGCCACUAAAGACCCUUUCCCAGCUUCACGCUCUGCUGGUGUACUUGGCUUCGCCGCCACACACAACUAUUACAGCGUAGGGGAGAUCGCCGCCCGCAUUCUGCCCACCCUCUGUGCCCUUGCUGUUGACCCUGAUAAGAGUGUCAGGGACCAGACAUUCAAAGCCAUCAAGAGUUUCCUUUCCAAGCUGGAGACGGUAUCAGAAGACCCCGCCAAGCUGGCUGAUAUAGAGAAGGACGUGGCGUCGUGUGCCCAACCUGCUGGUGCCUCCUCCAGCUGGGCCGGCUGGGCCGUGACUGGCAUGUCCUCGCUGACUUCUAAGCUGAUCCGCAACGCUCCAGGGACCGAGGGGGGUGCAGCUGAGGGCAGCGGGUCCAACAACAACACCAGCCCUACCAGCGCCACCAGUGAAACACCUACACCUGGUUCUGAAGAUAAAACUCCUCAACCCUCUCUGACUCACCAAGCUGCCUCUACUCGUGCCAACCAAUCGCAGGCUCUUGACGUAACAGACAAUGAUGACGAGCCAGUGGGAGACCGCUGGGAUGAGGAGGAAGACUGGGGAAGUUUGGAGGAGCCAGAGAAAACUCACACUGAGCCAGAUGACUGGAACACAGACUGGUCAGGAAUGGCAUCAUCCAAAAAGAAGGCCAGUGACAGAGGAGUGGGCCGGUCGUCCUCCACGGCGGUGAAAAAGCAGAGCUCGGACUGGAGCAGCUCAGGCUGGGACGCCGAUGACAGCUGGUCCAACGAGAAGGAAGGGCAGGGUCAGAGCUCUGCAGGCGAGGAGGGCUGGGGGAAUGACUGGGGGGAAGAGGACACAGACGCAGCUUUGGCAAAUGCAACACUCCCUCUGCCCGAAGGGGUGCGGUUAGCCAGCGACUACAACUGGGAGACCAACAGUGCGGCCAAGGGAGCCGGUCAGAACGAUCUGUUUGCCAGCAUCUCGCAGAGAAACACAACCAGCACUGCUGCCACCACGGCUGGUGAUGGAUGGGGCGCGGAGGCAACAGGAGACUGGGGAGCUGAGGAGAGCUGGGAGUCCGUGGAUGGGAACCAGGGUCUCAGUAAGGCCGAGCUGUCCAAGAAGAAACGGGAGGAGAGGAGGAAAGAGCUGGAGGCGAAACGGGCGGAGCGCAAAGCUGCUAAAGGUCCUCUCAAACUGGGCGCACGCAAGUUGGACUGAUGGGGGUGGGCGGGCGGGGUGUUAACAGAGGUUUGAGAGAGGAACAUGGACCACAGAAACUGGAUCCCAGAGUGCAGGAUAGAGGCUUGACAUUCCCCCAAAUGACCAGAAAGGAGCGUUAGCAGUGAGGAGAACUCUGUGGACAGUCACUGUAACAGAGGUGGCUUGUUGUGUGAGCAGAGGAAAAUGUUACUGUUGGUCAACAGAUGACUCUCUGCUUCCGACACAUCGCUGAAAAAGCAACAAUCCAGUGCUUUACAAAUGCAUUACUGUGGAUGGCAAACGCAGCGACUCAAAAGCAGAAGAGGAAAAUCCAGAGACUCAUGGAGCAGCAGCAGCACAGAGCAGCAGAGUCGAUCGCACAAAAUGUCCCCACCCUUUUUUUUUUCUUUUUUUUACAUAACUCAUAAAGUUUCAGUUGUGAAGUUCCUGUACAUAUGAUGCAACUUGUCUUGACAUGAAGAAAUGACACCUUUUAAAAGAUUGACAGAUAUAUAUAUAUAUAUAUAUAUAACAGAAUUCAAACAAGCGUUCUUAUGCUGAACGUCUUUCAGCACACACACACACACACACACACACAGUGGAUAUGAUUGUUUUAGUUCAGCUGUCACUAACCUACAGAUUUAAGACCAAUCCAUGCAUGCACUUGUGUAUUUCUGUGGCCUAACGAAAGGUUUCACAGCAAAGAAGAACUACAACUGUGUUGAGUUUACUUUGCACAUACGACACUGUAAUUUACUCUACUGAACUGACCUGACGAGUGACACAUUUGACUGAUGUUAAUAUGUAACAUUGCAGACGCAUGACGAGCGCUUGGAUGGAAAUAAGUGGAUAAAAUGAGGCUGGUCUCAAAGGGAGGAAAAAUUGA